UGGCAAUGGUAACUGCUCCUCGCCAUUUCAACAUGUAGUAGUAAACAAAACCCCACGCCACUCUCUCACUUUUUUUCUUUUUGACAGUCAAAUUUUCUUCACUUAUUCCUCCAUCCCCGCCGUUCAAUCAGCUCACUCUAAAUUCUGUAUAGUCUUCCUCUCUUUAGUCAAUCAAAUAAUAAUUAGCUCGUAUACGGAGCUCAUGAUACCGAUACGAUGUAAUUAUGGCUGUAUAAUACAUUUGAUGAGUAGAAACUGUCGUCUUCAAGAAAGUUGUCGUCGUUCUUCGUUCUGAUUGAUUCUGGAGAUCGGAAUGAAGAAACUUUAUCCGGGUUUCCCCGGUAUAGCUUCAAGAUCGGAGCUUUUUCUGCGUAUUCUUUUUCUUGCGGCCUUUGCUGCUAGGCCGGCUCUGUCCCAGGCCCCUGAUGACGCCGCUGUAAUGCAAGAGCUGAAGAAGGGUAUCGAGAUUCCGAAGGCGGCGGGUCUCCGGUGGGACGAUAAAGUCCCGUGCAAUUGGGCGCAGGUGGAGUGCGAAAAUGGUCGGGUCACGAAGAUCCAAAUUGGCAAAAAGGGUAUAACCGGGUCUCUCCCGGCCAAUCUCGGAAACCUCACCGCCUUGACGGUUUUCGAAGUGAUGGAGAACGGCCUGGUCGGAGCAGUGCCCAAUCUCGCCGGGUUGUCCUCGCUUCAGAGGCUCCUCCUCAACGGAAAUGGCUUCACUUCGAUUUCCCCCGAUUUAUUCGCCGGUAUGAAUUCUUUGGAAACUGUUACUCUAGACAACAACCCUUUCGCCACAUGGCAGUUCCCGGAGAGCUUGAAGGAUGCUUCAACUCUCAGGUUUUUUUCCGCCAUAAAUUGCACUAUUUCCGGUCCUCUUCCCGAGAUUUUCUCUAGCUUCCCCAGCCUAACGGAACUGCGUUUAUCCUUCAAUAGUAUAUCCGGGCAACUGCCUUCCAGCUUCUCUGGCUCACCCUUGCAAAACUUAUGGCUGAAUGGGCAAAGCGGUGAUUCUAGACUUAACGGCCCCCUCUCUGUUCUGCAAAACAUGACAGACCUUGUCCAAGUUUGGUUGCAUGGAAACUCUUUUACCGGCUCAAUCCCGGACUUAUCUGCCCUCAAUUCUUUGAAAGAGUUUAGUGUGAGAGACAAUCAUCUCUCCGGCCUAAUCCCGGAUUCGUUGACUAUGAUAGGUUCGCUCCAAGUUGUGAAUUUGACUAAUAAUAUGUUCCAAGGCCCAACUCCAGAAUUUGCAAAGACAGUUCAGGUUGAUGCAGCACCUGACACUAAUAGUUUCUGUACAGACAAGCCUGGUCAACAAUGUGAUUCUCAGGUCAACGUAUUGUUAGCCAUAGCCAAGGAUUUUGGAUACCCAUCCCAGUUCGCACAGGACUGGAAGGGUGAUCGUGUUUGUAUCCCCCCUUGGAGGGGCAUAAGCUGCGAUAAUGACCAGAUUUCGGUUGUGAAUUUUCAAAAAAUGAGACUCACAGGGACGAUUUCUCCCAGUUUUGCAAAUAUCACAACACUGCACACGUUGAUUUUGUCCAAUAAUAAUCUCACGGGAACCAUCCCAGAGCAGCUCACAAGGUUGACUGAACUUAGGUCAAUCGACGUUUCUAAUAAUCAUCUUUAUGGGAAGGUGCCUAAGUUUAACGAUAGUGUGAAAGUGACAACAGAUGGAAAUGUCAAUAUUGGGAAAGAUGCCCCUCUUGCUCCUCCUCCUCCUUCAACAACCCCACAUUCUCCUAGUGGUAGGCCUCCUUCUCGACCAAGUACAACACCUAGUUCUGCCCCCACCACAGAUGUUGGUGGUGAAAAGAAAUCAUCCACAGGCGUGGUUGUUGGUGGAGCAGUUGGUGCUGUCAUUGCUAUAGCCGCUUUAGCUGGGAUAAUUUUCUAUUGCUUCUGCCAAACGAAGAAGAAGCGGUCUGGGAAAGUGCAGAGCCCACACACAAUGGUCAUCCAUCCCCGCCAUUCUGGAGACGGUGAUGCGGUUAAAAUUACUAUUGCGGAUUCGGGCUUUAAUGGAGGAGGUGCAAGUGAGUCUUUUAGCUAUGGAAGUAGUGCACCUAGUGGCGAUGCACAUAUCAUUGAGUCGGGCAACCUGAUGAUCUCUAUCCAAGUUCUAAAGAGUGUUACUAAAAAUUUCGAUGAAAGUAAUAUUCUUGGGAGGGGUGGUUUCGGAACGGUUUAUGGGGGAGAAUUGCACGAUGGGACAAAAAUCGCUGUCAAGAGGAUGGCAUUGGGUGCAGUAGGUGAUACAGGUUUGGGUGAGUUUAAAUCCGAGAUUUCAGUCCUUACCAAAGUUCGACAUAGGCAUUUGGUUGCACUGCUUGGGUAUUGUUUGGAUGGGAAUGAGAAGCUUCUAGUUUAUGAGUACAUGCCUCAGGGGACACUUAGUCGGUUUCUGUUUGAUUGGAAGGAAGAAGGCUUGAAGCCGCUCGAGUGGAUGAAGAGGAUAACAAUUGCUUUGGAUGUGGCUAGGGGGGUUGAGUACUUGCAUGGUUUGGCACAACAAAGUUUCAUUCACAGAGAUCUUAAGCCGUCAAAUAUUCUUCUAGGGGAUGAUAUGCGGGCUAAAGUUGCUGAUUUUGGGCUUGUUCGCCUUGCGGAUGGGAAUGCUUCGAUCGUCACUAGAUUAGCCGGAACUUUCGGUUAUCUCGCACCGGAAUAUGCAGUUACGGGGAGAGUGACAACCAAGAUUGAUGUGUUCAGUUUUGGAGUCAUUCUUAUGGAGCUAAUUACGGGAAGGAAAGCGCUGGACGAAUCUCAGCCAGAAGAGAGCGUGCAUCUCGUCCCGUGGUUCCGCAGGAUGCAGCAGGACAAGGAGCAGUUCAAGAGCGCGAUCGAC